CAUACCCGAGAGCGAGGUCCGUCGCGGGCAAGGUGAUACAGAACUGAGGUCACGGAAAAUAGCACAUUCUUCCCCUGCCGUAUAUUCAAAAAGUACUCCACUGAAAGUACAAGCAAAUGUUCGCCACCUCCCCAAAGAAGAAGAUCCCAUAUCAUCACCACCAUGUCAUGCGACACAAACUUCAGUCCUUGCCCACCUCGGAACCAGCACUGUUGGAGCAAGAGGUGGUCGAUGAUUUACUAGUGCUGUGUAUAAGGACGAUAUGUGAAGAGGAGGCGCAGAAACAAGGCAUUUCGAAUCCAGCGAUUGAGUCGGUGGCGCUGGAAUCCAUGGCUGCAGCGAUGGACGAAUUCAUGCUCCAAUUCCUCUCUAAGGUCCGGCGUUCCAUGAUCGCUGCCCGGCGUACUUGUCCCAUCGCCCCCGAUUUCGAGACCGCCAUUGAUGUCCUCGACAUCGCUCGCCCGGACGACCAACUCGGCCCAUACCAGACCCAACCCUCCAUUAACCCUCCUUUGUUGCCAACACCGCCUCCUGAAGAUGAAUUCCACAAUGUCGUCGAACUCCCAGCAUCAUUCCUCGGCCCUGGCUUGGACGGGCACGGAGAGCUGAAAAAAUUCUCAUUCACAACCAGGGGCUUGCCUGAGCUGCCUUCUGCACAUACCUAUCGGGACACACCUGUCUACCCGGACCGACAAUCCGACAGUAGGAAGGUGAGAGAACUGGCAACCCAAGAAGGGAAACUCGGUGAGCAGGCGUUGCGGAAGCUUGCAGGGGCCGUCAAACUGGAUGCUGCUCAUCCGCUCGAGACGGAGGCCAUAUCUUCCAAGCAGAAACCUCCCACGAUCAUUCGCCGUAAGAGGUGGAAGACUGGGGUCGAUUUGUCGGAAGAGGCAGUCUUCGAAGAAACGCUGCGCGACUUGCUGACCAAGGAACGUGGUGGUUUUGAGCUAGGACCGAUUGUCAAUUGCGAAAAGGCGUAUCGCAUGCCGGAAGAAUUGAUGGUCAAGAGGCGAGCACCGGGCAAAAAUUCUCAUUCCGAAAAGCCGAGCAGCUCAGGACCGCAUGGAGGUGAUGUGACCAUGCAGCUUUGAUUCCCAGCACCCUUGAUGCUUUGGCAGCGUUGGCGUUUGGUCGGUCUUUCAUAUUGGAAGGGAUGGAUUUGCAUAUGAUACCCCAGGCAGAACCAAAGGAUUCACUUUUUGGACCAAAACGAGUUCCAAUAGGCCGUAAACAUAUUUCCUGGCGAGUCGUCUCUGGCAGCCUUUUC